UACAUUUAGGAUAGCCAAACAACCUGUGUCAUUCACAAUAUAAUACUACUAUACAAACAUGUAGUUGUAGUUAGUUAUAUGCAACUUGUACAUAUAUAUAUACAUAUAAAUUUUAGCCAUUUCAGAUUGUGAAUCAGUUUUCUUCACACCACACUCUUUUUUUCUCUUACCUUCAUCUCUCUCCAUUUAUAACAACUCCAACAAUUUGGACCAAAAACUUAAAUUUGGGAAGAAGCAAAUAAUAGAGAGUAAAAAAGGCUUAUUUUUGCCUUAUGCCUCUCUAGCAGAUCUUGAAUUCAAUCUUUUUUUUCAUCUGGACCUUCAUAUUUUGAGUGCAAAUGGAGUCUGGCAAAGUAUUUGUUGGAGGGAUUUCCAGGGACACAAAUGAUGAUAGGCUCAGAGAAUAUUUUCAAGCUUUUGGCGAUGUAGUCGAAGCUGUGAUCAUGAGAGAUCGGACCACUGGCCGUGCACGUGGUUUUGGCUUUGUUGUCUUUGCAGACCCUUCCACUGCUGAAAGAGUUGUUAAAGAAAAACACAUGAUUAAUGGUAGAACUGUAGAGGCAAAAAAAGCUGUUCCAAGGGACGAUCAACAUGUUAAUAAAACCAACGGAAGCAUACAGGGUUCUCCCGGUCCUUCCCGCACCAAAAAGAUUUUUGUCGGAGGUUUGGCGUCCUCGGUCACCGAGAGUGACUUCAAGAAUUAUUUUGACCAAUUCGGAACAAUCAUAGAUGUCGUGGUCAUGUAUGACCAUAACACACAAAGGCCAAGAGGUUUUGGAUUCAUCACUUAUGACUCAGAGGAGGCAGUUGAUACGGUACUUUACAAAACAUUUCAUGAACUCAAUGGUAAAAGGGUCGAGGUCAAACGAGCUGUUCCAAAAGAGUUGUCGCCCAGAUCAACACAAAACCAAUUAGUAGGUAGAUAUAACCAUGGUAUGAAUAGGGUAAAUAAUUUCCUUAAUACAUAUGCUCAAGGUUACAAUCCGAGCUUGAUGGGAAGCUAUGGAAUCGGAAUGGAAAGUAUUCCCGUUGGUCGCAAUGGAUAUUCUUUGUUGAAUCCGGCUGACUACAAUAUGGGAACAGAAAUAGACUCAAGAUUGAACUCAAACUAUGGGGAAAAUGGAAAAUUCAGUUCUGUUAUUGGUUACAGACGCAACUUAAAUUCCUUUCACCAUGAGAAUUCAAACAAAUACAACGUUCCUAUUGGGUAUGCCCCUGGAAGAGUUGGAAAUGGUUCUAUGUUGAAUUCAACAGGUCAGAACAAGUGGGACAAUGAAAGUAUUUAUUAUGGGACGGAUUAUGCAAACACUAGCGUGUUUGUUGGUUCUGGAAGCGGGAAUACAGGACUAUCUGGUGCUUUUGGAGGUCUUGGAACAAUAUGGGGCUCGUCUCUUAUUUCUGGCCAAGGUGGACGUAAUGGUUCUUUUGUUGAUGAAGAGAACGGAUUUGCAGGUGGGGCAGGGUAUGGACAAAAUGGAAGAAGCAAUGCUAAUGCUAAAUCAUCGUAUGCCCCAACACAGGGUGUUCAAGCAAAGGCUUUUGGGGAUAUUUUUGGAACGUUAAGUGGGUCGAUUUAUGAGGAUUCUACUAAUUGGCGCGCAUCGUCUCCAGAGCUAGACAGUUCCGGAGCUCUUAGUUAUGGACUCGGAAGUGCAGACCCACUCAGCUAUGGUGGUGAUUAUGGUGUUACAAAUAGAUCAACUAGAGGUAUUGCUGCCUAGGAAGAUAACUGUAUGGAAGACUGGAUAUCAGAAGUUUAAUGUAGAUGGAAAAAUAUAGCAUGACUAAAGUCAUAGAUUGUGGAUUACUCAAAUUCCUUUUGGGGAAAUACUCCAAGCUAAAGUACACGUUCACUUAGAGCUAAUUCAGUACCUACUAUAGAACUUAUCUAGACAAAUGUUUAAGGUUUGAACAUAGUGUUCCUUUACUAUAGGUCCUCAUUUUCUUUCUUUCUUUUCUACGUUUGGCAUUUGAUUGAGAUGUAAAGUGGGAUAGCGGAAUAUACUUACGAUAAUUUUAAGAUACAUAUCGGGUGAAACAAUGAGACUGAAAGAAAUGUUGAUUUUCUUGU